AGGGCCUGCGGCCGGGCGGGAGGCGGAGCGGCGGGGUGCGGGGUGCAGGGUGCGGGGCGGAAACUAGCUCCGCCGAGCCACAGACUCAGCACAUUCCCAGCGGGUGACCCACCGAAGUCGGCACAGAGCAGGGCGCAGGACCCUGGGCCGCCUCGGCGACCCUGCCCUCUCCGGGGGCGCAGGGGGAGCCCCGAGAUCCAGCGAGCAGCGCGGGAGGCAACAGGUGCAGGGAGGGGGCCGGGAUGCGGACGCCGGCGGUGAUGACUCUGGGCUUGGUGCUCGCGCCCUGCGGGCUGCUGCUCAACCUCACCAGCACGCUGACCCCCGGCUGGCGGACCGUGAAGGGCUUCCGCGACCAGCCGGUGGACGUGGUGUUGUUCCAGGGCCUGUGGGACAUGUGCCGCGAGCAGAGCAGCCGCGAGCGCCAGUGUGGGCAGCCCGACCCGCUCGGCUACUUGUCCGCCCAGCCGGUGCUGGGGGCGCGGGGCCUCAUGCUCAGCUCGCUGGCGGCUGCCGCGCUGGGGCUGCUGCUGGCGACCCUGGGCGUCCGCUGCUGGCGGGACGAGCCCCACUGGGUGCUGGCCGGCUUCUCGGGCCUGCUGCUGUUCCUCUCCGGCCUAUUGAGCCUCAUCCCGGCCUCCUGGUACAACCAUUUCUUAGAUGACCGCGACGUCCUGCCGGCCCAGCCCAGCCCAGUGACUGUGCAGGUGGGCUACAGCCUGGUGCUGGCCUACCUGGGCAGCUGCCUGCUGCUGCUGGGCGGCUUCUCACUGGCGCUCAGCUUCGCGCCCUGGUGCGAGGAGCGCUGCCACCGCUGCCGAAAGGCGGCCUCCAGCAGCCCACGCCGCCGCGGCAGCAUCAGCACCGUGCACGUGGACUGGCCCCAACCCGCGCUCACCCCGGCCAUCAAGUACUACAGCGACGGGCAGCACCGGCCCAGGCCCGCGGAACUCCGGGCAGACAGCAGACCCAAGGCUGGAUUCCCCAUGCCUCGGCCGCCCCCCAAGGCCUACACCAACCCAAUGGACGUGUUGGACGGGGAGAAAGCGGUCAGUUCCCACGGCGCGUCUUCAGGCAGCACCAAACCUUACCCGUCCUCGCUGCCUUGCGACUCCGACCUGUAGGCGGCAUCACCCCACUCCCAGCUCCACAACUUAGUACCACCACCCUAGCCCACCCUUUGCCCGUCCUGGCCAAGCUGUGUCUGGAUGAAGCAUUUAUACCAACACCGAGCCACCACUUGAAUUUUGGUCUGUUACCUUCCUGCAAGAAAUGUCUGACUCGGAUUCAGAAUCACCCCCCCCCCCCCCCCCACACACACACACACAAAUUUCUGUGAAUUACUUUGGAAGGCCAGCUCCGUUUUUCUACAGCCAGACUAGACUUAUUGGAUGACUAGUUUAGUUUGGGUUUGAUGCUUUUUUUUUUUUUUUUAAGAGUACAGUUUUUCAGAUGUCGUAAGGAAAAAUCCAAUCACUCUUGGGGGAGAGAGAGGGGCAACAGACUUUAAAAAAUACUUUUAGCUAAAGAGAUAUAGAAGAGUGGCUUUUGCGAUUGUACUGACCAAAGAUAAUAACAACUAAAAAUCCAAAUCAGCAAAAAGAGGUACAAAUAUGGCUUAAUACUUCAAAACAAUAUUCUGAAUUGCUGGUGAACUUUCCAUUGUUUUAAUAGUAUUAACUUUUGAGGACUGUAAUUCAUUUUCAUACAAACUCUCAAAAGACCCCUUUGUUUCUGGCUACAUUUGAAUGUGGUCCUUAAAUACAAAGCCAUGAAAAUACCAGCAGUUUUACUAGCUUUUAUGGGACAAAAUAACCUAACUAAUUCAUGUGGAAAUAGGAUUUAUCUUUUUCACCACUUAAUUUUAAUGUGAAUGCUAAGAUUGCUUCAGAUGUUCUCUUUAAGAAGCCAGAAGAAUGAAAGGACUAAUGCUAUAGACUGUUCUAUUCCUUGCCUACCUCACUAGAUAUAGAAGACAAUAGAUUAAGUGUUUGAUAUGGAAUGCAACUUAUUAACCACACUUGGUUAAAGUAUGUGUCUUAUUUAUAAAUAAAAAUAGAAAAAUCAACA